AUGCUGGACUGUAGAGCCAUUCUACUGCUGUGGCUGCUGCCCUGGGUGGCUCACGGCCGGACGGUGCCCCGGAGCAGCAGCCCUGACUGGACGCAGUGCCAGCAGCUCUCUCAGAAUCUCUGCACACUGGCCUGGAGUGCACAUCCCCGAGAGGGACCGAUGGAUUUGCUAAGAGAAGAAGGAGGUGAAGAGGCUAGAAAUGACGUCCCGCACAUCCAGUGUGGGGACGGCUGUGAUCCCCAAGGACUCAAGAACAAUAGCCAGAUGUGCCUGCAAAGAAUCCACCAAGGUCUGGUUUUUUAUAAGCAGCUGCUGGACUCAGACAUCUUCACAGGGGAGCCUUCUCCACUCCCUGAUGUGAGCCAGCUUCAUACCUCCGUACUGGGCCUCAGCCAGCUCCUCCAGCCAGAGGAUCAUCCCUGGGAGAUCACACAGAGGUCUAGCCUGAGUCCCAGCCAGCAGUGGCAGCGUCCCCUUCUCCGCUCCAAGAUCCUCCGAAGCUUCCAAGCCUUUGUGGCGACAGCUGCCCGGGUCUUUGCCCAUGGAGCAGCCACCCUAACGGAACCCUUAAUGCCAACAGCUUAA